AUGGCACUGAAUAAGACGAUGUGUAAUCAGCUGACAGCAGAACCGUAUUCAGCUGUUCUUGAUCUCACGUGGGGUGGCUGGAUCAGGGGACGACAAAAUGCAGAUAUGAUAGGACUCCCAUACUAUAGGGUCGAUAUAACCAACCAUCCAUAUGUAAUGGCAGUGGCUGCAUUAUUUAAUCAAAGCCAGGUCGUUGACAGCGUUUUUGUAUUUGAGAGCAAACAAGAAUUGGACAUGUGCAUGUACUAUAUCAUAAUGUACUCAGAACUCAGGAUUACGGGAGCUUGGUUGGCCGGGGAUAAAGCUUCUCUGAACAAACUUAGGGAUAUGAAGCCUAGACCCUCUAACAUUGUUGUGAUUGGAUCAAAAACUGCAGUAAGUUUAGAUUGUAGACAUUUGAGUACUCCGGCAUCUGUAACAGAAGAUAUUUCUCAAUACUUCCAGAGUAACAUGAGUGUUCGUCUUUUUACUCCGCAGCAGUCCACCUGCUGCCAGCUCAUUGGAAGUUCUGAACCAGAUUGUGUUUGUGAUAAAACUAUCCCUAGACUGUUUCUAAAUGCUGCUCUUGAGGUUGUAGGUAAAGCAACAAAAGUGUUAAACUCUGUUCAAACCAUAAAUCAGAAAUGGGUUUGUGGUUCUAACACUUCAAUACCAACCAGAACUAAACUUAACACGGAGAUUGCAACGCAAGCAAAAGAGAGAGGACUAUAUUUUGGAUUGGAUGCUACCAAUGUUCCUCUACUUUCACCUUCUUUCAAGCUUGAUGUAACCUUGUUUACUCCACAGUCUAAACAGCUCCUUACGAUUGGUAACUGGUAUAUGGGAGGUGGAUACAAUACAUCAACUACUUACAAGGAAGUUGUUAUGAAACGAUCUUUCCGUAUUGGAGUCGUCCUUGGUAAGCCCUGGGCCUGGGUAUCUGGGGCUAAAGAGGACAAACAAACUAAUCCCAAAAGCAUUAAUAAUGCACUCAAAAAUAAGGGCUUAGAAGGAUAUACAUUGGACCUAUUGGAUGAGGUCUCUAAAGCUAUGCACUUUGAUUAUGAAAUAGUAAUCGCUACUGGUAAUGACUACGGAGCUAGGUAA